AUGGCGCCGGACGUAAUCGACCUCAUCUCCUCGAGCCCUCCGCCGACCUCGAAGCCAAUGCAGGCUCGCCAUCGAGGCGAUGACAACAACCACCUGCAGCGACAUGCGGGCCAUAAGCGAUUCUCGGCAGAGGCACGACCACCUGUGGCUCCAACUGCUUUGUCGAGCAACAUCCCAGUGGCCGACCUGACGGGCCUCUCCGAUUUCGACUUCAGCGACGACGACAUCGACCUCCUCAUAGCAGCGCGCCCGCCACCGAAGCGGCAACGGACGGCGUCCCCCUCACGCCCUACACCCGCCACGGUGGCGACACAGGCCUCCUCCUCUCGGCCGCCGCUGAUUGUGGGACGCAAUGCCGCCCAGCCUGGGCGCAGGGAACUGGAGCCCAUUGAGGUGUCGAGCUCCAUGGAACAGCCGACGCCAAGGCCGAGGCAGCACGGCCGCGAGGCGUCGUCGAGGUUCGCCGCGCCGGUCGUGAGCUCGGAUCCGUUCGCAAGCUCCCCGGAGCCAGUUGCCGUGCCGCCUGUUUCUCGAGGCGAACGACAGAAACAACACGCCGUGGACCUACCAUCACCCGAUGUUGCCCGUUCCAUGUCCGUCGAUCCCUUCGAGAGCUCCCCGAUGCGGAAUCGGCGCUCACCGAAGCAGCCCGUAAGGGCGCACAAAAACUCGCCGCCGGCUCGGGGAGCCGUUUCGCCGGUUCCUGAGGAGGAUAUCGACCCUUUUGCAAGCUCACCCGAACCGGGCGAUGGCCUUGCGGCGGCAGACAAGUCGCAGCGAACUGCCGCACCACCGUCGCCGACGUCCUUAUCUCCCGCCAGGACAACCACAGAGUCACGCUUCUCACGUUCCGGCGUGUCCAGGCCUAAUCCUGCGCCCCGCUCUUUCACAAGAGUUCUCUCAGAGACAAAUGUCAUUAACAUUGACGACUCGGACUCGGACGGCUCAGACGGCAGCGACUUGGCCGACAUUGCCAGCAUUGACAUCACCAAACGACCGCUCAAGCCCCGGUCACCCCUUCGUCGGUCUCGCAGCGACAACAUCAUCGGCAAGUCUCGCCUGAACAACUCGUCGGGCAGGUCCGGCGCCAGAACGUCCGUCGACAAGGCAGCUCGCGAGGCCGCCAAGGCCGCCGAAAAGGAGCGAAAGAAGCGGGAGCGGAAGCGGAACAAGGAGGCAAAGGCACGGGAGAAGGAGCGCGCCGCGGCGCUGGCAGAGGUCAACAAGCUGCGGACGGACAAGAAGGUAUCCACGCCAGAAAUGAUUGUCGAUCUGCCGUCGUGUUUGGCCUCAGACCAUAGGGUGCAGGUGGAGACGCUCCUCGAGGGGCUUGAUGUCCAGUUUGCGACCUGGGAUAGCGGUGAGCAUCCCGUCAUCAAGUGGCGGCGCAAAGUCAAGAGCCGCUUCGAUGAGGAUCUGGGACGCUGGGAGCCGAUUCCCGCGCAUGUCCGCGACGAGAAGCAUGUACUCACGAUUCUCAAUGCCGACGACUUUGUCAGCUUGGUGACGCGAGACGGGCUUGACGGCCACGUCGGCAGCAUCAGGGAGAAGUUCCCUCACCACCAUAUCAUGUACCUGCUACAGGGAAUGACGCCCUGGCUGCGCAAGAACCGCAACCUGCGUAACAGGCAGUUUGCUUCGGGCGUCCGCGCAGCCCAGGCGCAGCAGGCUUCCGCGGCCUCCAGCCGUGGCCGGUCGACCGCCAACGCCGCCGAGUACAUCUCCGAAGACGUCGUCGAGGAUGCCCUCCUGCGUCUGCAGGUCGAGCACGACGUCUUCAUCCACCACACCACGGUGUCGGCCGAGACGGCCCGGUGGGUGACCACGUUCACGCAGCACAUCUCCACGAUACCCUACCGCAAACAGAGGGACCACGCCACGUCGGCGGCGGGCUUCUGCAUGGAGAGCGGGCAGGUGCGGACGGGCGAGGACGCCAGGGACACGUACGUGCGUAUGCUGCAGGAGAUUGUGCGCAUCACGGCGCCCAUCGCGUACGGCGUGGCGGCCGAGUUCGACAGCGUGAGCAAGCUCGUCCGCGGGCUCGAGGCCGGCGGGCCCGAGAGGCUCGACAAGGUGCAGAAGAGCGCCAACAAGGACGGGCAGUUGUCGGACCGGACCAUUGGACAGGCCGUCAGCAGGAGGAUCUGCAAGGUCUUUACGGGCCGUGACGAGACGAGCACGGAUGUGUAG